CCUGUCUGGACGAACCAUUCUCGAACCGCCAUCUUGAAGGUGGGAAGAAUAGGUCCGUGACCAAUACCCUGCAGGUUAGCAGCCAGAGCACCAUGGCAUAGCUUGUCACUCCCCACCCGAUCUCAGGAUCACCCACGCCCAAAUACUCUAAUCAGACUAAAUAUGAGGUUGAUAGUAUGCCAACCAGGAAACGAUCGAAUCUAAGAUCUUAAACGGUUCCUUUAUGCUCAAUCUCGAGUUGGAAACCCGCAUGCGCAAGGAGGUUUAGAUCAGCCGUCAACCUCGGUUGUUGGUCCCUUAUCCAUGGACACCGGACUAUAAGACCCGAGCAUCGGCAUGGGCAUCAGCACCAUUCCUUCGUCUAUAUAUUCCAUUCCCCUGAAUAUAAUACUCCGGAAGGAGCCUCCAAGUCAGUCAUUUCUCAGACAGAUACAUCUAAUUAGUUCAUCAACAACAAACCGCAAUUAUGCCCGUCCUCCCAUCCACAAUCACCGCAGGCACCGUCCGCCCGGAGUCCGAACUAUCUCCCUUCGAGAAGCUCGUCCUCAGCUAUUCCACGGGGCCUGAAUCAUCAAAUGAAGGCGGCGAGGUCUGGGACUACUUCCCCGAAGCCUGCAAUCUUCGGCUCGAAUCCGCCACUCCGGGACCGCCGGCUCGCGUCUCGUACCUCCUCACUGUAAUCCCAAAACAAUGCAAUUAUAUGGGAAGUCUGCACGGCGGUUGCGCCGCCACUAUGGUGGAUAUUCUUUCCUCGACGCUGCUUUUGGGACUGUCCAAGCCUGGGCACUACUCGCUGGGCGGCGUCAGUCGGAAUCUAAAGCUUACGUAUCUGCGGCCGGUGCCGUCGGGGACUGAGAUUCGGGUGAUGUGUGAAAUGGUGCACAUGGGGAAGCGGAUGGCGCUUCUGAGGGCCGAGAUUCAGAGGAUAAAUGGGAGCAUAUGUGUGGUGGGGGAGCAUGAGAAGGCGAAUACUGAUCCGGCGGCAAUCUAAUCUCGUUUUAGGUGAUAAACACUGGCUUGUAUCUAUAUCCAUAUGAUCAAUAGAGC